UUCCGCCCUCCGCACGGUCAAACUGUCGCGAGAUCUUGUGGACUUCCUCUUUGCGCGGAACAAACUUCCAAGAUGUCUCUGGUCAUUCCUGAGAAGUUCCAGCACAUUCUGCGUGUUCUGAACACGAACAUCGAUGGAAGGAGAAAGAUAGCCUUCGCCAUUACUGCCAUCAAGGGUGUCGGCAGACGCUAUGCCCAUGUGGUCCUGAGGAAGGCGGACAUUGACCUCAACAAGAGGGCUGGGGAGCUGACGGAGGAGGAGGUGGAGCGUGUGGUCACAAUCAUGCAGAACCCUCGCCAGUACAAAAUCCCAGACUGGUUCCUAAACAGGCAGAAGGACGUCAAGGACGGUAAAUUCAGCCAGGUGCUGGCUAACGGCCUCGACAACAAACUGAGAGAAGACCUGGAGAGGCUGAAGAAGAUCAGAGCCCAUCGUGGUCUCAGACACUUCUGGGGCCUGCGUGUGCGUGGUCAGCACACCAAAACCACCGGGCGGCGUGGUCGCACUGUGGGCGUGUCAAAGAAGAAGUAAACUCCCAGCAUCCUUUGCUUUCAAUAAACCACAUUCACUUGUUU